GUCGCCUUGGGUCCAGACGCCGAGAUGGCGUCCUCCGCCUCCGCUCGCACUCCGGCGGGGAAGCGAGUGGUGAAUCAGGACGAACUGCGGCGCUUGAUGAAGGAAAAGCAGCGUCUGAGCACCAAUCGGAAACGCAUAGAAUCUCCAUUUGCGAAGUACAACCGUUUGGGGCAGCUGAGCUGUGCCCUGUGUAACACCCCGGUGAAGAGCGAGCUCCUGUGGCAGACCCACGUCCUGGGAAAGCAGCACCGUGAGAAAGUAGCCGAGCUCAAAGGCGCGAAGGAAGCCACCCAGGGUCCGUCCACCAGCGCCGUGCCCCCGUCAGCCAAGAGGAAGGCGCCGGAUGCGGAUGGCCAAGAUGCCAAAAGACCCAAGGCCUCCCCGCUGCCUCAGGUACAGCCCUCCACAUCCGCUUUGCCCACCAACUCUGACAGAGCAGGGAAGGACUCGGCCAGAGCGACCCUCAGUAAGGCCUCGGGACUCGGUUUACUCCCUGAUUAUGAAGAUGAGGAAGAGGAGGAGGAGGAAGGGGGAGGAGAAGGGAAAAGAGGGGACACCAGCAAGCAGCCGCCCGACUCCCAGGGCAAGGAACCCUCGCUUUCCUCCUCGAGAGAGGCAACAAGUAUGCUGCCAAGCGGUUUCUCGGAUACAAAUCCUCCCAAGGCCCCUUUAAUUCCUCAUUCGGGGUCAAUUGAGAAGGCAGAAAUACAUGAAAAAGUCGUGGAAAGGCGAGAAAACACAGCGGAAGCAUUACCGGAAGGCUUUUUUGACGACCCUGAGAUAGAUGCUAGGGUACGAAAGGUUGAUGCCCCAAAGGAUCAGAUGGACAAAGAGUGGGACGAAUUUCAAAAGGCCAUGAGACAGGUCAAUACUAUUUCCGAAGCUAUAGUUGCUGAAGAGGAUGAGGAGGGACGGUUGGACCGGCAAAUUGGGGAAAUCGAUGAGCAGAUAGAAUGUUACCGUCGGGUGGAAAAGCUUCGGAAUCGCCAGGAUGAAAUAAAAAAUAAGCUUAAAGAGGUUCUGACUAUAAAAGAACUGCAGAAAAAGGAAGAGGAGAAUGUUGACAGCGAUGAUGAGGGAGAACUACAAGAUUUGUUGUCUCAGGAUUGGAGGGUAAAGGGGGCUUUGUUAUAGGGUUUCAAAGACCCAGGAUUUUCAUACCCUCAGCAACAGUACCAAAAGUGCUGUCUCUGGAUAGGGUACUGGUUACUUCAUGCCUCGAGAUUUGAUAACCUAACUGGGUUGUUGAGAGACAAUGAACCUGUGAAGAUAGCACUUUUGAAAAUUGGUGUAAAAUAUUUUUGAGGUAAAGUUGUUUUUGAAAUUUUUGGUCUAUAUACUAAAAUGUCAACUUUUUCACACAUUUACUUAAGUGUAUAAUUUUGAAUUGUCAAAUCUGUAAGCUGUAAGUAUUAUACAUAGUUAAAUAUAUAUUUGCUUAAGUAA